AUUCCUUCCGAUCUUCUAUAUAAUUCACCAUUCUCUCCAUCAUUCACUCCUUUACCAUGGGAAACAUGAAGGUGCACCAGCUGGCACGUGGAUUCGGGGAGCACGAACCAUCUCUCUCCCUUGGCUGUAAGCGCUUACGCCCUCUCGCUCCCAAGCUCCACCACCAGGCCUCCUCCCCUGAUACAGUCUCCUCUUUCCACCUCAAGAGCUUCAUUAGACCAGAAAGAGGCCCCAGAAAGCUUGUCCCCUGUGACCAGAAGCGCCAUUCUCCUCAGUCUCAGGUGGAAACACAUGCUGGAGGUACGCGGUGGAAUCCAACGCAAGAACAGAUAGGGAUUCUGGAGAUGCUGUAUAGAGGUGGGAUACGAACUCCAAAUGCACAACAAAUAGAGCAAAUCACAGCGCAAUUAGGAAAGUAUGGGAAGAUCGAAGGCAAAAACGUUUUCUACUGGUUUCAAAACCACAAAGAACGCGAGAGGCAAAAGCUGAAGCGCAGCAGCCUUGGCUUUACCCAUUCUACCAGGAACUCAGCUCCCAUAACUUUGGACACUAGGGUGGAAAUAAUGGAAAGAUCCGAUGAGGAUAGUCCAUAUAAGAGGAUGUGCAAGAGUUGGUCAUUUGAGUACUUGGAAGAAAACAGCGGAACGCCAUGUAAAGAGGAGGAAAGCAGAGCCCUGGAGCUAUUCCCAUUGCACCCUGAAGGCAGAUGAAAAGGCGUUUGAAAAUAGGAAA